AUGAAGAACAUGAACCUGAUUAUCAAGGUACUGCAUGUACUGCAUUUUCUAGGUUUUGUGGUUGUAACGGCAUCAGCUGAUAUCACUUGUGAUACCCUACUGCUGGCAGCUGGAAAUCUCACAGUGAACUCCCUGGACAGUGCUAAUCGCUCAGACAAUAAUAACUCGGGUCUAUUUUGCAGACCAGCCAUCGACGGCAUUGGCACUUGCUGGCCACGCAGCCAGGCGGGUGAAAUGGUGUCACGUCCCUGCCCAGAAUUCCUCUACGGAGUCAGAUACAACACCACAAACAAAAUCUACCGACAGUGCCUUUCCAAUGGAACCUGGGCAUCCAAAGGCAACUACUCUCAGUGCAAAGCUAUUCUCAAUGUACAGAGAAAGAGCCGGCUGCAUUAUCGAAUUGCCAUCAUCAUUAACUACAUGGGUCACUGUCUGUCCCUGCUCACUCUGCUUAUUGCCUUCAUACUAUUUCUGAGACUCAGAAGUAUUCGCUGCCUGAGAAACAUUAUCCACUGGAAUCUGAUUACAACUUUUAUCUUGAGGAACGCUACAUGGUUUGUUGUUCAGCUCACCAUGAACCCUGAUGUACACGAGAGCAACGUGCUGUGGUGCCGCUUGGUGACAACAGCAUAUAAUUAUUUCCAUAUGGCGAAUUUUUUCUGGAUGUUUGGCGAGGGUUGCUACCUACACACAGCAAUCGUGCUCACCUACUCCACCGACAAGCUUAAAAAAUGGAUGUUCAUCUGCAUCGGAUGGUGUAUUCCUUUCCCUAUUAUUGUUGCUUGGGCCUCUGGGAAGCUUUACUAUGAUAAUGAGAAGUGUUGGUUUGGAAAGAGAGCAGGAGUUUACACUGACUACAUCUACCAGGGACCCAUGAUUCUUGUACUUCUGAUCAAUUUUGUGUUCCUAUUUAACAUAGUGAGGAUCCUCAUGACCAAACUCAGAGCCUCCACUACAUCAGAAACUAUCCAGUACAGGAAGGCAGUGAAGGCCACUCUGGUCCUGCUGCCUCUUCUUGGUAUCACCUACAUGCUGUUCUUUGUGAAUCCAGGGGAGGAUGAGAUCUCACAGAUUGUCUUUAUCUACUUUAAUUCCUUCUUGCAGUCUUUUCAGGGUUUCUUCGUUUCUGUCUUCUACUGUUUUUUGAACAGUGAGGUCCGCUCGGCAGUACGGAAACGAUGGCACCGUUGGCAGGACAAGCAUUCCAUCCGUACACGAGUUGCGAGAGCAAUGUCCAUUCCCACCUCACCCUCACGCCUCAGUUUCCACAGCAUCAAGCAGUCUACAUCCGUCUAAAGAGAGAGAAAGAGAGAGAGACUCUGAGACUCUUUGUCUUUAAGACAAUUUAUCAAGGAAGGACCUGGGACUCUUGAACCAGGAUUUUUACACUCCUCAUCACUUGUGAUCAUCCAAAGACAUUGUAUUAUUUAAGAAAGACUUUUCAAGUGCAAGCAGUAAAAAGACAAUACAAGCCAAGACAAUACAAUACAAUACUUGCUUAGACAAUACAACCAUCAAUCCCUUUUUGCUUAUACACUGGAGCAAAUAAAAAGUCCACAGUGGAAUCUACAUAAUAUACAACCCAAUAUAGCGGAUUUAAGUAUAUAAUGGUACACUGCCUAACCUAGGGUGACCCUAGUCCCUGAUUUUGGGAGGCUUUUCCUCGACUAGGGCUGUAACAAGAAGUAUAUCUGAUUUUUACG